AAAUAGCAAAGUUUAGGAGCUUACCUAUAUGUGUUGUGAAACUCAUGAAUAUUAUAAACAACAGGAUUCCGGUUGAGAUAGGAGUUAUGCAUGUCCACACGUCAGGUUGUGUAUUGACAAAUGUAUUGUGUAUUGGGUUAGCGUUUGUCCCAUAUCGUUAGGGGUGGAAUACCAAUCAAUGCCUCACUCUGGCGUGAAAGCCUGUACUGACAGCACGUUAAUGGCAGACGAACGCGAUAAGCCGCCUUCGGAUCUACACAUGUUACUUAUAGACGCGUCAAUUUCGUGGUUCAUCGAACAUUUGGAUAGGAUUCAACAAGGUCGCCAUUGAAAUCAAAUUUCACUAUCAAUCAAUUUUCAGCACGCUACAUAUAGUUAUAACAGUCAGUUAUAAUCGUUAUAUUGUACACCGAAUCCGGUGGUUGAGGCGAGGCGACAGUUAUAGAUAUUCUGAUGAGGCAGUUACACGGGACUAAAUGUACGGUAAUACACAAUGUGUACUGAAAGUGUGAUUGUUCUGAAAGUUAUUGGAUUAAUAGGAUCGGUGGUAGGACACCCGGAGUAGACAGUAGCUACAUAUGUGUACCGUACGUAUCAGACAGAUCCUACUAUAAAUGCCAAUACACUCGACCUACCUUGUCUCGUCAGGAUAUACCUGCUUAUAACGACAGUUUCAUUAAAUAUUUAUUGUGUAGCAACACCUGACAACUAAAUUCAGUGCUAGAUAAAGCAGUAAGCGGAGAGUUUAAGUGACAGCUUUGUUCAGUCUGUUAGUGAUAACAAUUCACGGAUCUCUUGGUAGUGAACCAUAUUUCACUGAACAAAAGCCUCACUUUGGGUGAUUCCGUGCGACAGUGACGUCAUGACUUGCAGGUAACGUGGAUAGUAUUACAAUUUGGAGUUAGCCUCAAAACGAAACAGAUUUUCGACAGACUGUAUCAUUUUAUUGAAGGGCAAAGUUGUCGGCCUGUUAAGAAUAUUAAAGAAACCGGAAGUUCACGACGCUCGCGGAAAGUUCAAGUGCAACCUUGAGUGCGCCAGCGGCAUUUAGGAGUAAACGUUAUGUUAUAUAUAACUGCUCUCUAUAUCAAUACCAAAAUCGAAACGGCCUAUUCAACAAGCACUUAUAAACUCUGGCUUAUGAAAUAUGACCUAGGGGAUAGUUACUGACUUUCAUUUUCUGUAUGUUUAGGUGCCUGGGCCUAAGCAUACCGCUCCAAAGCUAAGCCGCCUACAACGACAGUAACAGUCCUCAUAGCAGGUGUUCUUCAAACAUGGCGCACAUCUACACACCUAGAUCACUCUCCGAUGUAAGGGAACUACGCAUGCGAAUAGAAACGGAAGAUCCGUUGUUUUAUGGAUUAAAAAAGUUAAAGAUGAGAGGACGAGAUUUAUCCAGUAUUCCCCCGGCAUUGUUUCACAUCCGUGAGCUCGAAGUUCUUGAUCUCAGCCCGGAGCGGCAAUCGUGCCUCACAUUUAGACUAAUGUUCGUUCCACGUGCAAUCUGCAAACUCGUCAAUUUGAAAGUAUUAGUGUUGGACACCAACGAGUUAGAUGAAAUACCGAUCGAAAUUACGAAACUAAUCCAAUUAGAAAGGCUGGCUCUUAGCAAUAAUCAAUUUAGUUGGUUACCAGAAGGUUUCAGUAAACUCACAAAGUUAAGGAGUUUGCAUUUAGCAAACAACGAACUUGAGGAUUUCCCGAUGCAGCUUUGUGAGAUGGAGGGACUGGAGUUCCUUGACCUUUGUGAUAACAAACUACACGUGCUUCCCGCUGAAAUAAGCCGUCUGACUGAGCUGCACACAUUGUUGCUUUUCUAUAACCGCUUAGAAGCACUUCCAGAUACGAUUUGUGACAUGACUAACCUCCGCUGUCUCUGGAUUGGCAAUAACCUCCUCAAACAGCUGCCCCGAGCCUUCGGCAAUCUGAAGCAUUUAGACUGGGGAAUAAGGUACACUUCAUCCACACUAGACGGCAACCCGCUGGUCAGUCCACCAAUCGAAAUAUGUCGUAUGGGACCAGACGCCAUAGAAAAGUACCUAAACACCUCAAGGGGCGACAUCGGCAGCCGGAACAGUCGGAAAGGUAGAGUAGACGCCGAGCAACAGCAAAAUGGUGAGGAAAGUGAUAGAGGUUCAAGUCGCAGUAGUAGAUCGAAAAAUGAAGGUGGUGCCGACGGUGGGAAUACCAGAGCGAGCACUAUACAGGACAGUCGGAGGAACAGAAGGACGCGCAGGGAGCGGAACAUGCAGCUACAGGAAUAUUCCGACGAAGACGAUAACGAAUAGCUUUUUACAAUCUAACUUCAUUAUCUGGAAACUACCUGGAUCGUGGUGAUAGAGGUCUAAAAAUAUACUAAAAAAACAACGAUGCAAAUUAAUUCAGCAAUAUCCGGUGUAAUGCUUGAAUAUUCUAUUUUAGGAGGGCUACGGAAAUAAAUAAAAUAGCUAAGAA